CAGGAGCAAGGCGCAUGCCCGGCCUCAUCACGACUGCGCACACCUCCACCGUUAUCAAUGUCGAGUGCUAACGAGAACAAGGGAACAUAUCCGUGACAAAAUCCCCUAAAAUAUUUAAUCAAUUCGUGUCCAUUAAGAUAUUCUAAUAUGAAGGUGUAUUAAAAGUAAACAGUGAAGUAGGUGGGCGAAUCGGAUUAAGUGUUUCUAAUGUGCUACCGUGUUUGCGUUUCUGCUUUAUUCGUGAUUCUUUUGUCCCUGGAUUCCAGGGAUUGCUCGUCCAGUAUACAAUAUGACGUACCUAGUAAAAUAUCCUUUAAUACGGUACAAGCCUGGGCAGUUAAGCUUGGGACUGAACUUUAUCACUUUGGAGAAUUUAUUACCAGAAAAAAAGAAGUACAAGAUAGUUUCAAGUCUGCGCAAAUCGAGUCUAGAGACGGUGAGAAAUUGGUACAGAGCAUGGCAGAUGACAUACGAGCGAUGAUGGAACUCAAAAUCAGUGCAGUCAAAAGAAUAGUGGAAGCGGCUGAAAAUAUGGCUUUUGACAAACAAAAUGAACCCGUCAACGAAGAUUUUCAGUUUUUUAACAGCAAGGAAAUGGAAGACUUGUAUGAUGAUAUGUCACUGACUACAACACCGGAGCCUGAUUUCACUAUGGAAAAUUGGAUAAACCGACCGGCAUCGAAGAAUAUGCAUUUGCAACAGAAUCAUCACUUUUCUCAUAUACCUGUUAAUACUAAUUUUAGUAGCGUUCACGUGCCGACAAAUGUUUACGCUUGGGCUCCGGAAGUUAUUAAAGGGAUUCACUGGUCAGAAGGUUUAGAUACACAUUUUAUCAAUAAUUACCAAAGCGAUCCGACAUUAUCUUGGCAGUAUUUUGGUAGUUCGACGGGAUUCAUGAGACAUUACCCAGCGAUGAAAUGGCGAGCAGAUCCUGUAGACAUAUAUGAUUGUAGAACUAGAGCCUGGUACAUGGAGGCAGCUGCAAGUCCGAAAGAUGUUGUUAUUUUGGUCGAUCGAAGUGGUUCUAUGACUGGACAAAGAAGAGAUAUAGCUAAACAUGUAGUAACAAACAUUUUAGACACUCUUGGCAAUAACGAUUUUGUUAGUGUUAUGACCUUUGCUGAUACUGUUGAAGAAAUUGUUCCUUGUUUUGAAGAUUCUCUUGUCCAAGCAACACUUGCAAAUCUCCGAGAGUUGAAACUAGGUUUAGACAAUUUUGAAACUAUGGAAAUAGCGAACUUUUCAGCUGCACUGACCAAAGCGUUUGAACUUCUUGAAAUUUAUAGAAAUAACAGCGGUGGAGCCAACUGUAAUCAGGCUAUAAUGUUGGUAACCGAUGGCGUUCCAUAUAAUUACAAAGAAUUGUUCGAGAAAUACAACUGGAAGUAUGAUACCCCGGUGCGGGUGUUUACGUACCUGAUAGGUCGCGAGGUAAAGGUGGCGGAUGUGAGAGAAGUGAAGUGGAUGGCGUGUGCAAACAGAGGGUUCUAUGUGCACCUGAGCACGCUGGCAGAAGUUCGGGAGAGAGUAUUGGAACAUGUCAACGUGCUCGCAAGACCGCUGGUGUUGCAGCGAGAGAAGCAUCCAGUUGUGUGGACUCCUGUUUAUGCAAAUGUUACGGAUCCAAAAGUUGCAGAUUACUUGUGGGAACAACGCGAGAGAGCAGAGCAAAAGGAAAGGUUUAUGAGCCAACGACGUGACAAGGUACUCUUCAAUUCCGAACAGGAACAAAAUAGGAGAUGGAAAAUAACGCAGAUGAAACAGGGUCAGUAUAGUGAGCUCGGGAAUUCGCAAUAUCAAUUGAUGACUUCUGUGUCAAUGCCUGUAUACGAUUUACGACAUAACGAGAACAUCACAGAGAAUGUACUGAUAAAUGAAGCUUACUGGGUAUCAGUUACAAAAGAGUCCGUAGAGGAGAACGGCCAAAAGGAGAUGCGUAUCGCUAGAUUAUUGGGAGUCGCAGGCACAGAUGUUCCUCUGUCAGAAAUACAAGCAUUGAUGACACCGUAUAAGAUUGGGGUAAAUGGUUACGCCUUCAUGGUAACAAAUAAUGGAUAUAUUUUAAUACAUCCGGAUUUGAGGCCUGUGUUUCAGCAGAUAUUAAAACCAAGUUACAACAGCGUUGAUAUGAUUGAAGUUGAACUUUUUGACGAUGAACGGAGCCCAAGGAACUUCAGCAAAGAACUGACAGCGCUCCGAAAAGAGAUAAUCGAUCAGAAAACUGGGAAUAAAAUCAUGAAUGUUAAGUAUCAUAUGGAGGAUAUGAAACGAGUGUCUCGAGGCAAAAGGCACUAUUUUUGGACCGGCAUCAGCGAUUCACAAUUCACACUUGUUGUUUCCAUUCCUGAAAAUUAUGGUCGCCAUCGGAUCACACCACCACCAACAGACGACAUCCACCGUCUGUCUUUGACGUCUAAAAACAUAUCCGCUAGACAGUAUUUGUCAGAGAAAUGGAGUGUACAUCCGGAUUGGCUAUACUGCCGUCACUAUGAACGCACAUUUUCCUCUCCCGAGGAAGAGCUGUCAUAUUUCCUAGAAAGAGUGGCGAAGCCCGGUUGGCGCUGGCCGGCCAAACCGCGCCCGCCCGAACACCAUAAGAACAAGGGACACGAGAAACAUAACGAAGGAUCAGAAGUGAGAGAAAGAAACAAGGCACCAAACGUCACGCCACGAAAUGAAUAUUAUUGCGAUCACGGACUAAUGCAGGCAUUAGUGUACGAUGCCAGGAACACAGCGUGGUUUAACAAGAGUAUUUCGGAGUCUGCGACAGAUGAGAAAGCGGCGGAGUUCAUUCAACGUUUUGGUUUCAUCACCGCGUUCCUUGCUACACACAGUGGCCUCACAAGAUGGGAAACACAUCCUCCUAAGGACCACGAUGACAAGAAUGAGUUCGGCAAACAAUGGCCUCGAGCAAUAGAUGAAGUUUGGUAUCGACGCGCCGUCGAACAACACUAUGUAGAUCCGCUUAGUUUUGUAUAUAGUGUGGAAUUAAGCACGGAAAAAUUUCCUCUCAAUGUUAGCAAUGCUAUGGUGACGGCUGCACACGCCGUAUUCCACGGAGAUGGCCAUCGAAAAGCGCCAGCAGCAGUUGUUGGAUUUCAGUUCAAACACGAGCGUCUUGCUGAGUGGUUCCAGAAUAUAACUUCAAACUGCGAGCACAGCAAGGAAUGUAUAACGUGCAACGUUACAGACAAUUGGGACUGUUAUUUAGUUGAUAGUAAUGGUUGGAUAAUCGUAAGUGAAGAUAGCAGUCAAACAGGGCAGUUCUUUGGCAAAGUACGACCAGAUAUUAUGAUGAAACUUGUGGAAGAAGAAGUUUUUAAAACAGUUCACAUUAUAGAUUAUCAAGCUGUCUGCUUUAGGGAGAAGAAGAUUACGAAUCCUGCAUCUAUGAUCCUGACCCCACUUGAAAAUUUGCGUCUGAUUAUGGUAUGGCUCAUCGCCACGUCGGUUUGGUUUUACAACUCGAUUGCUCUCAGUUUAGCUCAAGCUUCGAGCUAUACAUUCGACUACGAGUUUGUUUCAACCACUGGGGCUUAUCAAUACGAAAACGACGAAACUGACGACCCGACAAUGACCAAACCUGCGACGACCAGAUUGCUGGAAAGAGAUUUCGAGAAACUUGUACUGAUAAAUAGAACAAGACCAACACCAUGUGACAGGGAGAUGUAUCUGUACCAAUUGGAGUACAAGAAUCUCGACGAGAAGUUGAACAAGCCAGUGAAAGAGUGCGACCGACCGUUCUACGCGCAGUUGGUGAAUUACACCAACAUGUUGUUGGUGGUGGUAGAUGCGAUGUGCGCCAAGCAAGAUGUGCCGAUAUACCCGAUAGACGCCACAGAAGUCCAGUACAAUGAAUCGCUGCCGUGCUUGAAGCACAUGCAUCCGUUGUAUAGGAAAACUCCGAAUUCUUGCAUCCGAAAUCACACUGAGGAGAGCAACAUCGAUAUGUGUGGACGCUGCAGUCUAAUUGGCAAGAGCUUCCUAUGGAUACCACUGAGUGUAGUUUUCCUAAUUCAAUAUUUUCAAUGUUAAAACUUAGCCAAAAAUAUCUAUCUAUUGUGCCCAAAAAAAAUUGUUACCAGUACCUAACUGUUAAAUAUUUGCAAUAGUUUAAUUGAUGUUAUUUUUGUGGAGAAAACGUUUAAUUUUGUUUCUUUGUAGUGUUAUCUUAUAAUUUUAGUGGAAAAAAUACAUGUCAUAUCACAUAUCAGCUAUGUUAUAAGCAUCAAAUAAUUGUGUAUUGUAGGUGUCACGUGAAAAGAGUGCGUUGGGUAAUACAAUUGCAUGUGAAUGCACCUUACCUAUUGUUUUGUAUAAUAUACCUAAAUUUUAUGUUUAUUACGCUACAGCCUCAUCAGUCUAAUACUUUCAUUAAUUUUGUGCCGAUCAGAUAAGAAUCCCGGGUUGGGAUUUGGCUAACGAUUGUUAGGUAUUGGAUUUUUUGUAAGGAAAUUAUCUGCACCGGAAUUAAGUAAUUGGUUUACAGUCCUGGUUAAUUAUCAUUAACAUUUUAUAAUAAUCGUUAAAGCCGUUCGUUACAAGGCCUUAAGGCAUAAGCCUGAGGGGGUUACGAGAACCCUCAGGUUUAUGCCCAGCAGUGGGACAUUCAUAGUCUGAUGAUGAUCAUGAUCACACUAGAAAUUAUUAAUACCUAUAGUCACAUUUAUUCAUUAUUAUUUGUUAAAAUUAUACUUUGUACAACCGUUCUCUUUUUACGUGACAGGUAGUAUUCAACUACAAAAUAUAGAUACAUUUAUUACGUCAAGUCGGGUUUGAACUUAGCCGUAAAGGCUUUAUUAAAUACGAACAGCGUCAUAUUUAAAUCAUAUCAGUCAGAAUUUUAUCUAUCUACUUACGUAGGUUUAUUGUUUGGAAUUCCUUACAACUUAAAAUUACAAUGUAGGAACCUAUUUAUUUAAAAUAUUAUAUAACUUAACGUUUCAAAAAUGCUUAUAAACUAGGCCUACUUGAAAUAAAUGAAUUUUGAAUUUUAAGGUGCCAAGUCGGCUCCUACAACAAAAAUUUUCGAAUUAAAUUAAAUUGUCAGAUUUAAAAGUACUGUCCUUCUUACAAUAUUUCCCGUGCUCUUUUUACAGCUCUUUUUUUAAUUAUUAAAAAUUCUUGACCAAAUCGGAAAGAGAUCAAGUCAGUCUUACCAUUUUCGAGAUUAGUGAGUCAAAUAAAUACUUUAUUUUGUUUUUUUUUAAAAGAAUACCUAAUGUUUUACCUACCCUUAGGUUGUAACUAAGUUUAAGGAAUUAAUAAUUCUCAGUGUUUAGUAUUUUGAAUCUCAUAAUAUAUUAGGUUGU